AUGUCUUCAAAAAGUGACUUCCAAAAAGCCAGUGGAAGAAUCCUGGAUUGGACUUCUGCUGUUAGAUUCCAGGAGUCAGACCGCAUGCCGUCUUCUUCUACUAUCAGUCCAUCCUUAUACGCUCUUCACCUUCCUGAGAGGAUUAAAAUUUCACGUAUGACCCUCGGCCUCCUUUCCUUUUCUUUUAUGCCUCCUCCCAGUGAUUCCGAAGGCAAACACGAAAAAAAUUCAACGAAGCAGGACGAGGAUGUAGCAGAUUCAACUACAAACGAAGAAGGCUCUACCCAACCCGUCGCGAAUCUUUUAUCAGACGUCACUAUACCCUUCCUUCAACAGCUUCUUGCCAGGAAGGAAGCUGUCGAUUUCUUCAAUGACAGGCAUAGCUACUCUCUCCAAUAUCGUUGGCAAAAUCUACUUCGUGAUAUCUAUCAUUUCGAUGGUACAUACGAAGAAGGCACCGUAGAUGCGGAAAAAUCCAUCAUUAGGGUCAUAUCUGACCUCGCUGCGCUCCUGCUGCUCCCACUCUCAACAACUCAAAUGAGCAAAACUGGGCAUUGGGCCCUUCUCGGGUGUGUUUUCAGCCGCGAGAGAGAAACAAAAGCAGAUCUGUUGAUUGGGGUCAAACCAAACACUGCUAUCUUGGCAACAGAUUACACAGACUCGUCGCAAUAUCCUCCCAUCUUUCCCCUCCUAGAGAGCAAAUAUCCAGAUCUCAGCCCAGCAUACAUGGGGAUUUUACAGAAUCUAGAGAAUAAAAAUACGCUAAUCGGAGAACCUAUGUUAUACCUAACCCUCCUCCUCCUUAUGCACCUGAACAUUGUCAUCUGGCCAGAGGCAGACUGUGCAGGUUGUGAGGUUUUUGCUGAAUCUCAUCGAGUGAUGAAGAGAAAGAAACGAGCUGUUGUGCCUCCAGAUAGUGUACACUCUUUUGGCAUGGACAAGGUAGAAGAUACAGAAGCUGGAUUAGAUCGCAUCCAGGAAGAAAUUAAGCGGGUCGUUGGGAUUAUACCAAGGGGGAACUGGCAUCUCAAACUAGAUCCCCAACCAACCUCUCCAGUCAACGAACCUGCCACUGAAAAGAAGAAGAAAUCCAGACCGCACGGUGGAACAUUCUACAAUACAGUUUAUCCCGAAAUGGAGAAACUGCUCAAAACGAAAUUCUUUGCGCAGUUGGAACCAAAAAUCAAACUAGAGAAGGUUAUGAAGUGGGUACUCACUGCCCGGAAUGAAUUAGUACAAGCUUUUUCCCAGAUGACUCGCCAUGAUCUCACGUUUGGCGCCUUAACUUCCUACAACACUUGCUUUUUGUUGCAGCGUUUCCGACACAAUGGAUGUUUAACACUUUCUCCUCUGCUUGAACCAACUCAAGAGGGGUAUGUAAUACUUCGCGCGGCGUGGUUAGUAGCAGCGUUUCAUGAUGCAAUCGCUCGCCAAGCGGAAUAUCCUACAAAAUUUGUAGACCCAUAUCAAGCUGUCAAAGUUCAUACAACGAUCCAGCCUCAAGAGCCCAUUGCCAACAAAGACAACAACAACGUCCACGUUGCUACUGCAUCCAACAAAGAUGACGAUAACAUCCAGGACCUUGACAACGUUCCUACUCCUCCAGAUCAAAGUCGCGAUGAGGGUGAUACCAACGACAACUUUGACGGUGACACUGAAUUUGAAAAGGAAAGUGAUGAUGACGAGUAUAAGCCCAAAAAGUCCUCAAAGGUGAAGAAGAGGAAGAAGAAAGUUAGCAUUCGACAUCUACCUAGCCCUCCUCGUGGAGGAGCAGGUACUGGCGGCGCGCCCGGGUCACAGGCCAGUACGUCUGGCAGCGAUUGGUACAAGCGCACAACCAGAUCUAGUAGCAAAAGAUCUUCAGAUGGUGGUUCCAAAUCACAAUCCAAACGGAGCCGUCAGCAUAAGAAUAUCAAGAUUUUAGCUGAUGAAAUACAUCUAGGAUUUUAUUGCAAGGCACCACUUCUGCAUUCUAGCAAGUUCAGCAAAUUUCUCCGUGUCAUCAAUUUGUCCGACGGAUCUGUCCUCAAGCCGAAGACUCUUAGACAUCCAGUCAUUCGUACUCAUCGGAAAUCGUCUACUCACGAAUCCUUCUCUAGUACCGCAAGUGAAAGUUCUAGUACUGGCAGCUCUUCUUUGUGGUCCAGUACUGGUUCUAUUGCUAGUUCAAGCUUCACAGCCCCACUCUCAUCUCACUCUAGUGUACCUGAAGUUAAAGCUACAUCUGGCCCCUCAAGUUUGUCGUUAGAACCAGGAACCAUUACUUCACAUCUUGACAUCCUUCCUCAUUUGAUUGGCCCUGAAACCGAGGGUGUCUUGCGCUCCGCCCCUAUCGUGGUUCGGCAUGCAGGAACCAUCCUAGAGAAGCAAAUCUCCGAGUCCGCUACCCACAUUGUAUGGAGCGGGGACCUAAUCAUGGAGGGACUUGAUUUUGAGGUCGACCCAGUCCGCAUUGCAGUCAAGCUUGCCGAUUGGGACCGGGAAAAUGAAGGUGACGUCAGUGAAGGAGGAAAGGCGAUCCUCGAAGAGGCAAAUAUCUAUCAACAUCUAGCUGAAAAAGAUCCUGCAUUUAAUCUCACUCCCCGUUACUACGGUACCUACAAUGGAUCAGGUGCAAUAGCGCUUCUUCUCAGCUACGAGGGUGAGAAAUUGCUCAGCUUCGAUGUAUUGGAUAAUAAAAGGAAAUAUCAGCUCCUCAAGAAGGCUGAAAAACUGCACCUUUUUGGGAUAGUACAUGGCAACCUGUCACCUGAGAAUGUGCUUGUGAACGGUGAUAAUAUUUGCUUGAUAGGUUUCCGCGUUUCCAAACUGGGACAUGAAUGUCCAGGCUCCGGUGCAUGCGGCGAGUUGCUGCAAUUAGGAAAAGAUUUGUUUGCAGUUUGA